AUGGCAGCGACCAUACAGGACUCACGUGUGAAUGCAGGGAAAAAGCUGAAAAACUCCCUAAAGAAGAAGAAGAAGGUGAAAUUGGUGGCCAGGACCGCAUCUUCUAAGUUGGAAGAAGCAGAUAAAGACAGUGUUGAGAGGAAAGGUUCUAUAGGAAGCUGUGAAUUGGAAGAGGAUGACUUUUCUUCUAAUGAUGAAGCAAUAGAAGCUGACAAUGAGGAGGAUGUUGAACCUUGUGACAAAGAAAAAGAAAAUGCUGUUGAAUCUAGUGUUGGGACAAAUACAGGCUGGGCUGAUGCCAUGGCUAAAAUUCUUAACAAAAAAACUCCUAAAAGUAAACCCACCAUUCUGAUCAAAAGCAAAGAGCUGGAAAAGGAGAAAGAAAAGUUAAAGCAAGAGAGACUAGAGAAGAGAAAACAGCUUGAUAAGAAGCGGGAGUGGGAAAUGAUGUGCAGAGUGAAGCCAGAUGUUGUCAAAGACAAAGAAUCAGAGAGAAAUCUUCAGAGGAUUGCAACGAGGGGCGUGGUACAGUUAUUUAAUGCUGUUCAGAAGCAUCAAAAGAACGUUGAUGAAAAAGUUAAAGAAGCUGGAAGCUCUAUUAGAAAGCGUGCUAAGCUAAUAUCAACUGUGUCUAAGAAAGAUUUCAUCAGUGUUCUUAGAGGAAUGGAUGGAAGUACAAAUGAGAAAAGUUCUACGGGGAAGAACUCUAAAGCCAAACAGACUGAAGUAAAAUCAGAAGAUGGUCCAGGAUGGAAUAUCCUACGCGAUGAUUUCAUGAUGGGAGCAUCUAUGAAAGACUGGGACAAAGAAAGUGACGGAUCAGAUAACAAUCAACCAGGAUCUGAAAGUGAAUCUGACAUAUGA